UUUUAACAUGAAAAUCAUAUACUAUAAAAAAAGGGAUUUAAAUUGGUACUACCGUGAAGCUAGGCGUGCAUGAAAAAUUUUAAUUUUUGACAUUUGACAUUUACAAAAGAAAACAAAACAUUUGAAAUUUAAAUUUAAUUUUAUGAAUAUAUAAAAUGGCUUUAAAGGAAAGAUAUAGUGUAGCUUUAAACAAAUGUUUAAGAACAUUAUCAUCCUGGAAAAAUGUUAUAUCUGAUAACUUGGAUACAUCAACGGAACAAGUGGAAAUGCAAAAGUUCCAAAACCUUCUAAAAGAAUAUUGCCUUAUUGACAACGAUUUUAAGAAAUCCGAACAAGCGAUAAGUCUUGUCGAAGACAAAUUAGGCAAAAUUGAAAACUUGGAGGAUAUUGAUAAGGUUUUCCAAGAAAAAUUAUCAGAACAACCUGAUGAAGAAGUAACAUCAAGUGAAAUAUGGCAAGAGUACUUCCUAGAAGAUUUAUCUGUUCAAGAACUGAAACAGAAGAAGAAGAAAGACAAGGCAGUGUAUGAAGAAGUCGGUGACGACUCCGUUUUGUGUUCUAGUUCCUUUACACCGCCUAUAGAUCCAAUUUCAAAAACAGUGAUUCGAAACCCGGUCAAAAAUAAGAAUUGCAAGCACAUUUACGAAAGCGAUUCUAUAUAUCAGUACAUGAGACAAUCGAAACGUAAAGCUAGGUGUCCCUAUGUUGGCUGUAAGAAUAAUAAGUUGGAUGGAUCGGAUUUAACAGAGGACAAAGAAUUAGAAGAAAAAAUUAGUCAGUAUAUUGCACAAAGUCAGGAUAGUUCUGACGGUGAUAGUAGUGAUGACGAUUGAUUUAUCACUUUAGAGAUUGUAAGAGAGUUUGACGGUGUUCAUAUUUUGUACUUGAUUAAUAAGGAUUUGUAUACCUAAAUAAACAAAUAAUUUGUUAUAA